UGAACUAAACCGGUCCUGCACUUUAACAGCACUCCAUUUCUUAUCCAAUAAUCAUGUUUCUCACGCAAAGACAGCGGCAGAGUGUAUAAAAGUCACAAUGCCCUAACCAAGCAUGCAGACCUUUUCCAGCAGGCACACAACAUGGCUCAGAAGACAGUGUUGAUUGUGUACGCCCACCAGAGCUUGGGUUCAUUCAACGCUGCUGUCCGGGACGCGGCCGCUCAGGAGCUAUCAGAUCAGGGUUACCGGGUCAUCGUGUCAGACCUUUAUGCCAUGAACUUCAACGCCAACUCCACGCAGGAAGACAUAAUUGGUGAUCUGAAGAAUCCAGAGCUGUUUCAGUAUGGAGAAGAGACAAUGCAUGCCUGGAUGGAGGGUCGCCUGAGUGAGGACAUCAUGGCUGAACAACGCAAAGUAGAAGAGGCAGAACUCAUCAUCUUCCAGUUCCCUUUGUAUUGGUUCAGUGUUCCUGCCAUCAUGAAGGGCUGGAUUGACCGAGUGCUGACUCAGGGAUUUGCUUUCUCCAUGGAAAAGAUGUACAAUCACGGUAUUUUUAAGGACAAAAAAGCAAUGUUAUCUUUUACAACUGGAGCAACAGAAUCAAUGUUUCACCCUGAUGGCAUCAAUGGAGACAUUAACGUCACACUGUGGCCUCUACAGAAUGGCACUCUGCACUUCUGUGGCUUUCAGGUUCUUGCCCCACAGAUUUUCUGGAGUCCAGUUUACUGCCUCCCUGCAGUUAGAACUGCAAUGCUAGAAGGCUGGCGAGGUCGACUCAAGGGCCUGCUUGCGGAAAAGCCCCUGACUUUUGCACCGUGUGAGUUUUUCAACCUCAGCCCCAAAAAGGGGUUUUUGCUCCUGCCCAAAGUAAAGGAGGCGCAGAAAUCAAACCCCUACGGGAUCACUGUAGGACACCAUCUUGGCAAACCACUUCCACCCGACAACCAGACCAAAGCACAGUUGUCAGACGAAUAAACAAACUAAACAUGUCAGAGGAGCAAGAACAGAACCUUUCUCUUGACUGAAGUACGGGCCUUUACACAUAAGUUACAUAAUCACUGUGACACCAUACAAAAUGUGUGUGAAAGAGACGAGCAAAAUCACUGUCACGAAAAUUUACAUUUUGCCUGAUUUUUUUUUUUUCUUCAUGUAUUUCAUAUUAAUAAACACAGUGCAUUCA